UCAGGAAUGUAAUUAAUCAAAACAAGUCUGCAGGGGUAUAUCAGUUAUUUUACAGUUAGAAUAAAUGGAGUUAAUAUUUGAUGGAUUAAUAGUUUAGCCAUGCAAAUGGAACCGCAAAUGCAUUUUAGAAUGGUGGGAGAAUUUCAGCAACAAUCAGAUAUGCCUAAAACGAUCACUGUUUUCGGAGCGACAGGUCACCAGGGUGGCGCCGUAGCUCGAGCUCUAGCAGCUGAUAGCAACAAUUUCAUCGUGCGUGGGAUCACAAGGGACGUCCAACAGGAAGUGAAAGUGGAUGACCUGAAAGCUGCCGGUGUAACCGUUAUUCAGUGUGAUUUGGAUAAUGUUAAUAGUAUUAGAAUGGCACUAAAUGAUGCCGACGGAUGUUUUAUAGUCACAUACACUGACUUCACUGAGCCGGAUUGUAUUGAAAAAGAGAAACAACGAGGAAGAAACAUAGCGGACGCAUGCGCUUUAGCUGGUGUUCCUCAUGUUAUAUAUAGCACACAACUUCACACAACUCGAGUGAAAGGCAUACAAGUACGACACUUAGUUGCAAAAGCCGAAAUUGAAGAAUACAUGAAAUCAAAGUGUUUACCAAUGACUUGUUUCCUCGUGCCGUGUUAUUAUGAAAACUUCUUCGACAUACUGAAACCAAGACGAGUAGACCGCAACACAUUUGUUCUGGAAAUUCCGAUGGGAGAAACAUCACUUGAUCUGAUCAGUGUAGAAGAUGUUGGCCAAGUAGCUAGGACAGUGUUUCUAAACAAAAACAGUUUUCUUGACAAGACGAUCAGUUUGUGUGGCGAGAAGUUGAGAAUAUCUGAGAUAGCGGCAGAGUUAACACGGCAUCUACAGCCCUUCUGGAUCAAAGAUAAGCCUAUUACUGUGAAUGACUACCAGAAAUUAGGUCAUCCCUGGUCAGUGGACUUCGGUAACAUGUUCGAGUUCUUUGUAAGGCAUGAUCAACGGUAUCAGAAACAUCAUACAACGGAGCUGUAUCCGUACGUCCUCACCUUUGGACAAUGGACCCAGAUGAACAGCAGAAAACUUUUCGAAGUGUUUUCUCAGUUGUAACAGAGAAUUAACACUGUAUUUAUACGAGUCUGAUAGUUUGCAAAACGUGUACCGUUUAAUUGCAUGUUCACAGCUGACUUUUGAGACUAAAGCUGUUAAGCUCAAAGGAUUUAAAACCUACACAGAUUUGUAUGAUGUGUUUAAAAUAUCAUGAAGUUAUAAUGUAACUUGGUAUGUCUUUGAAUGCAUUGUAUAAAGUUUAUUCUGAUAUGAAAUAUCAUACCAAUUUGAAUUAAAAUAUGGCAAUAUUUA